AUGCCCGUAAUAACAUUUAAAAGUCAUGAAAAUAUGAAGAAAACAAAUGCCAUCGAUAAUCUUGGGUCGAAUUGGCAAUUGUUUAGAUUUAAUUUGCACAAACUUAAAAAACCACGUGGGAUAUUUUUUCGGCUAAAAUUUAUUCACGCAAGAUCACAACAUUACAUGAAUCUGUGUAAAUGUGAAAGUAUCAUGAAUGUUCAAUUAGAAAUAACAUAG